AUGCUGUGCCUCACCACCUCGUCGCCCUCCGCCCUGCCGCGCCCCUCUCCCGCCGCUGACCGGCCGGGCCCCGGGAUCUCGGGUGGCGCCGUCGCCGGCGGCGGCAAUGUGCGGCUGAGCGGCGUCCUGGUGCCGUCCCUCCCGUCCUCGCUCCGCUGCAAGGCCAAGAGCAAGUUUUCUGUCCCCGUGACCGCGCAAGGAACCGAGGCCAUGGCAACAGGCGGAGACGGCCUCGGCCGCCUUCCCAUAUACGAUCUGGAUCCGAAGCUGGCCGGAUUCAAGGACCACUUCGAUUACAGGAUGAAAAGAUACCUUGACCAGAAACAGUCGAUUGAGCAACAUGAGGGGAGCCUUGAAGAGUUCGCUAAAGGCUAUCUGAAGUUUGGGAUCAAUAAAGAAGGUGAUGCAUCUGUGUACCGUGAAUGGGCCCCUGCUGCAGUGGAAGCACAGCUUGUUGGCGACUUCAACAACUGGGAUGGUUCUAAGCACAAGAUGACAAAGGAUAGUUUUGGCGUUUGGUCAAUCAAGAUUUCACAUGUCAAUGGGAAACCUGCUAUCCCUCACAAUUCCAAGGUUAAAUUUCGAUUCAGGCAUGGAGGUGGAGUAUGGGUUGAUCGGAUUCCGGCAUGGAUUCGUUAUGCUACUGUUGAUGCCUCUAAAUUCGGAGCUCCUUAUGAUGGUGUUCACUGGGAUCCACCAACUAGUGAAAGGUACGUGUUUAAGCAUCCACGGCCUCGAAAGCCUGACGCUCCACGUAUCUAUGAAGCCCAUAUUGGGAUGAGUGGUGAAAAGCCUAAAGUAAGCACAUACAGAGAAUUUGCUGACAAUGUGUUACCACGCAUAAGGGCAAAUAACUACAACACAGUUCAGCUGAUGGCAAUCAUGGAACAUUCAUACUAUGCUUCUUUUGGGUAUCAUGUGACAAAUUUCUUUGCAGUCAGCAGCAGAUCAGGCACGCCAGAGGACCUCAAAUAUCUUGUUGACAAGGCACAUAGUUUAGGAUUGCGUGUUCUGAUGGAUGUUGUCCAUAGCCAUGCGAGCAAGAACGUGACAGAUGGUCUAAAUGGCUAUGAUGUUGGACAAAACACACAGGAGUCUUAUUUCCACACAGGCGACAGGGGCUACCAUAAACUGUGGGAUAGCCGUCUAUUCAACUAUGCUAAUUGGGAGGUCUUAAGAUUUCUUCUUUCUAAUUUGAGAUAUUGGAUGGAUGAGUUUAUGUUUGAUGGCUUCCGAUUUGACGGGGUUACAUCCAUGCUAUACAAUCAUAAUGGUGUCAAUAUGUCAUUCACUGGAAAUUACAAGGAGUAUUUUGGGUUGGAUACCAAUGUAGAUGCAGUUGUUUACAUGAUGCUCGCGAACCACUUAAUGCACAAACUCUUGCCAGAAGCAACUGUUGUUGCAGAAGAUGUUUCAGGCAUGCCAGUGCUUUGUCGGUCAGUUGAUGAAGGUGGAGUAGGGUUUGACUAUCGCCUGGCUAUGGCUAUUCCUGAUAGAUGGAUUGACUACCUGAAAAACAAAGAUGACCUUGAAUGGUCAAUGAGUGGAAUAGCACAGACUUUGACUAACAGGAGAUAUACGGAAAGGUGCAUUGCAUAUGCUGAGAGCCAUGAUCAGUCUAUUGUUGGUGACAAGACUAUGGCAUUUCUCUUGAUGGACAAGGAAAUGUAUACUGGCAUGUCAGACCUGCAGCCUGCUUCACCUACAAUUGAUCGUGGCAUUGCACUUCAAAAGAUGAUUCACUUUAUCACUAUGGCCCUUGGAGGUGAUGGCUACCUAAAUUUUAUGGGUAAUGAGUUUGGCCACCCUGAAUGGAUUGACUUUCCAAGAGAGGGCAACAAUUGGAGCUAUGAUAAAUGUAGACGGCAGUGGAGCCUUGUCGACACUGAUCACCUACGAUACAAGUACAUGAAUGCAUUUGAUCAAGCAAUGAAUGCACUCGACGAGAAAUUUUCCUUCCUAUCAUCAUCAAAGCAGAUUGUGAGCGACAUGGAUGAGGACAAAAAGGUUAUUGUAUUUGAGCGUGGAGAUUUGGUUUUUGUCUUCAAUUUUCAUCCCAAUAAAACUUAUGACGGUUACAAAGUUGGAUGCGAUUUACCUGGGAAAUACAGGGUUGCUCUGGACUCCGAUGCUCUGAUGUUCGGUGGACAUGGAAGAGUUGGCCAUGACGUGGAUCACUUCACGUCAACUGAAGGAGUACCAGGAGUGCCUGAAACAAACUUCAACAACCGCCCCAACUCAUUCAGAAUCCUGUCUCCACCCCGCACUUGUGUGGCUUACUAUCGUGUUGACGAAAAAGCUGAAAGGCAUAAGAAGGAAGCAGCUGUUUCUUGGGAGGAGAACGUGACUAUGGGGUACAUCGAUGUUGAAGCUACUCACGCCAAAGAGAGAACAGAUGAUGAGGCGACCUCUGGUUCCAAAAAAGCGUCAACAGAGAAUGUCUCUGGCAACAAGGGAAUGAACUUUGUGUUCCAUUCGUAUGACGAUGGCAAGAAAUAAGCACCGUAUGACUGCUUGACCAGGACAGGCUGCUGGUGCCCUUGUCUGCUUUCACUAGCAGUAACAAUAGCAAUAAUAUUGAGCUGUGCAAACUUGAGAUUCUGGCUUCGACUUGGCAGAGGUUACCUGCUGUAAGAAUUGCAUGUAUAGCUCUCUAGAAAGAGAAAUAAGCAGUGAUGGUGUGGGGCAAGACCCGGGUCAGGUCUGGUUAUAUGUGCGCAAUAUGCGUGGCCCGAGUUAUCCUGUCAUAAAAAAGUAUAGGGCUUCCAGCCCAGAAUAAAAACAGUUGUCUAUUUGCAAUUUAUAUUUGCCUCCAUGAUAAUAUUUUUAUGGUAUAUUAA